UAUAUAUAAUCUAGCUAGAGAGCAGAGCUGCCUAGUCAAGCAGUUGUUCUCUUCCAGCUCUCUGUCUCUAUGUGCUAUGGUCCAGGGGAUGGUCUCAUUUAAUGGACACUGCAAAUUUGUAUCUUAACGGAACAUCUGUAAUCAAGAGCUUCUUAUAUAAUAUGGUGGUUCAGUAUCUUUUGUGAAACAGAAAACAAUUGAUGUAACAGCCACACUGGGACGGACUGGCAGAUAACAUGAACAGCACCACAGGGAGCUGUGGCAGCCCCAGCUCUGGGGUCUCGGCAGAACCUGCCAGUGACCUCUUCAGAGACCUCUGGUCAAAGCUGAAAGACUGCCAUGAUAACGAAGUGCAAGGGUUGCAAGGUAAAAUUGUCAAACUGAAGAAGGAGAGAUGUUUAGAUGCCGAAAGACUGGAGGAGUUUUUUAUGAAAAACCAGCAGCUAAGAGAACACCAGAAAUCACUACAAGACAAUGUUAAAGUUUUAGAGGACAGGUUAAGGGCAGGAUUAUGUGACCGAUGUGCUGUAACAGAAGACCAUAUGAAAAAGAAGCAGGUGGAAUAUGAAAACAUUCGACAGCAGAACCUAAAGCUCAUUACUGAACUCAUGAACGAAAGAAAUAACAUUCAAGAUGAAAACAAAAAGCUUUGCCAGCAGCUGGAGCAUCUUAGUAAAAUGAUGGAGGAGAAGUCUCGUCAGGCUAGGGAGAUUUUAGAUCAGGAGGAUGGGGUUAUCCCUGAUUCUCCUGUUAGACAGGUCUCCCUGUCUAUGGUGAGCAGACUGAGAAUGAACAAGGAGAACAAACAUGUUCAUUACUCUGAGAAAUCCCCUGCCGACUCCGCAAGAUCUCCAACCACUGAUGGUAGACUUUGUUAAAUGAUUCCAUGAUUUG